AUGAGCAGCCGCGCUGCCGUCGCGCGGCUUGCCUCCUCGGCUGCCCACCCAGCACAAAUAGCCAAGACCUGCGCCCGACACCGACCGUUUCACUCCUACGACCACCCUCCGACCCAAGGCGCGUUCGGCGCCGUUGAAAACUCCAUCCUCGCCGCCGCCUACCGUCACAUUCCCGAACACGGCUUUUCCCAACGGGCCCUCGGCCUCGGCGCCCGCGAUGCAGGCCUUCUCGACAUUAGCCCCAGUGUGCUCCCGGAUGGCGCAUUCAGCCUAGUCCUCUAUCAUCUUGUCCUGCAGCGGCAGGCUCUGGCCGCGCAGGCUCAGCGACUGUUUGAGACGCAAAGGUCGGCUGCCUCGGGCGCAGGCGCAAAGGUUGCCGCCUUGACUUGGGCUCGUCUCAUGGCAAACAAGGACGUCAUCCAUCGAUGGCAAGAAGCUCUUGCAAUCAUGGCUCAACCUAGCUGCGCUCCGGCUGCUCUCAAGGAACUUGCCCUCCUUUCGGACGAAAUCUGGUUCCUGUCCGGAGACAAGUCGGUGGAUCCUUCGUGGUACAGCAAGCGAGCAUCGCUCUCCAUGAUAUAUAGUGCUACUGAACUCUUCAUGACAAACGACAAGUCACCAUCCUUCUCUGAAACUCGCCAAUUCCUCGACAGACGAUUGGACGAGAUCAAGACCGUCGGCGGUGCCAUGGGUGCGCUUGGCCAAUGGGCCGGCUUCACCUUGUCGGCGGGCGUCAAUGUUUUACGCAGCAAGGGUGUUGGCAUAUGA